AUGGCCCAUCCAUCUACCACUGCAUCUACCCCAAACCCAAAUACAAGAUCCACCCCUUUACCUUCACCACCUUCAAAAACUACAUCAACUUCUUAUCGAAAACCUCUAUCAACCAAAGAUUACAAGAAUGUCAUAAUGCGAGUUGUUUCGCAGACAGAUUCUGCGCCGUUGACCGCCAAAAGUACCAAUCCAAAUAUGCCUUCAUACGAUAAGCCAAACACCAAUCGACCAUUGGCACCAACUUUAAGUGCCUCUGCGAACAGAGGAAAUAAACCAAAACCUCCAUUAACACCAAAAGUCUCAGCGAGACCUGCUUCGAGACAAUCACGUACAGAAAAUACUACACCCAAUAAUGCAAAAGAAGAUCUAUCGACUCCCGUCUCUACAUUCCUGAAUAGUAACAACAUAACCGGGAGAUCUAGCACACGAAAGAUUCGACUUGAUACGUCAAGCAAUUCACCAUCAGGAACCCCCACAUCCUCCGAAGCUCCCCGAUUAUUUGAUCAUACACAAAAUGGCGCUGGAUUGGGAAUCUCUGGGUUUGAGAAGGAUACAUCGAAACGAGCGGCAGUGGCGUUUAGUCCCUCUAAUUCUGAUUUGAAUUACUCACAAUCAUCACAAUCUUCUGCCGACUCCAAAUUCUUUUUUGCUAGUGAUGUCAAACCACAGAGUCAUAGUUCGCAGCAAACAAAACCUCCACCCCCUAAAAAUGCCUCUACAUUCUUCCAUGCCAAUGGAGAUAAAGUUCCUAAGAAACCACCACCACCACCACGUUCUGGGGGGUCGACUGUUGGAUCAACUAUUGGAGAAGACCGAGGGCAUGCGAGAUUCUUUCAUGCCAAUGGCACUCCAGAAUUACAAUUGUCACCUUCGCCACACUUUGCGCCCCCUCGCCCGAGUUCAGUUCUCUCAAGUCAUUCUCGAAUGGCAUCACCACGGCUAGCAAAUGCUACGACGUCCCCUUCACAACGACCUGCAUCACCACAGAAACUAAAUACUCAAUAUGCCCCAAUAUCUUCAGUCAGGGCUCCUACCCCACUGGAUUCUCCUGUUUUACCUCGACCAAAGGCCAGCGGCCGUCAGCAAUUGGCAAAUACUACCAUAAACUCAAGGAGAACAAGUGCAGAUUCGGAAAAAGGUCAUAAUCGAGCAACAAGCUCGGGUUCGUCUAUGGAGAGACUAUUAGUGUCAAGAAAGGUUUCAUCCGGGGGCCACUCCAUUAAUAUACCGAAUCCAAUCACAAUAAUAGAACCAUCAAGUCCAGCUUCGAUGGCACACACAGACGAGCUACUGGAAGGCGAGGAAGAGGAAGAGCCAGGGGAAAGUGAAGACGAAGACGAUGAUGAGGACGAUAACCGAGAGUCGAUCUCUUCUGAAGAGGAAGCUGAAGAGGAAGUAAAGGGAGAAGUCCUCAAGGCAGGAGGAUCAAUAGAACGGAUGAACGAAUUGGCAGCCAUUGCACGUAAUGAAAGAAAAGUGUUAGAUCUGGAAAUCACAAAUUCAUCCCUUGCCGCUAUAAAUCGAACUUUGGAACGGGAGAUGAGGAAACAGAAUGCCGAACUACGAAGAUAUAAACGACUGAGUCGUUCCGGUCGGUUUUCCAUGGCUACAGGAGCAUCAUCACGUGCAAAGAGUGGAAAUUUGUCGGUUGUGGAUGAGAAAGAGGGCAGUGCUUUAUCAGAUAUCAGCCAGGAAAAUUCUGAGCUUGAAGAUGAGGAAGAUGGCGGAGAAGAGGACUUGACGUCUGAGGAGGAAUCCAUCGAUGAUGGAACUCUAAGUCCUGCUGCCGUGGCGGAACAUGAUCUCAAACAUCGAAAGAAAGACGAGAAACGACUACGACUCGACUUAUCUAAACAUCAACAAUUACUCAUCGACAGUCAAAAGAUGAACCAAAGCCUAAAAAAGUGUCUAGGCUGGACCGAAGAACUCAUCAAUGAAGGGAAGAGGGCAUUAGAGUAUCGAGUAAAAACUAGCGAUAUAGGACCCCUCGCACCUCGCGUCUUAGCACCAGACGAACUCGAGGAGAAUGACGCCGAAAACGAUAACGAGGGUAUGUCUGCAAUCGGCGCGAGUCUCUUGAGAGAAGCGAGGAAAGCGGCGGCGGAACAACAUAAAGAUAAGGGAAAUCACUUGGCUAUACCAACCGAGACAGAUGAACAAUUGGAAGAUUUAACUCAAGAUAUUCAAUUUGCUCUUUUCGCAUCAGGAGAAUCGGCUGAAUUGCCGACGGACGAGAAGGCGAAAGAUGGAGCUCUCGAGUCGGUACCGAUUGCUCCGCCUACAAGUCCAUGGGUUUCUACUUUUACUUCGAGGCUGCAGACACGUUCGUAG